UUCUCGACGGUCGAGAGGAUAGCAGGUACGAACGACAACAAAAAACUCACGAAGAGUUUCAAAGAAGUCCAUUAUUUGGUUGGGGGAACGAGAUCAGUACAAUUGAUCCACGAACAGAACUGACUGAGCUUCAUUGUCGCAUCGUAUCCAAUCGAAUUCAAUUGUAUUUCGUACUUGCAAGUCUAUCGGAAUUGUUUGUAGCGAAGAGAUACUAAUAUUCCGGUUUUCAACGUACUAUUCAGGCAACAAACAAGAGCAGGAUACACCACUUCAAAAUGCGUUUCACCGUCAUGACUGUCUUGGCAGCAGCAUUAAUGUGCAGGACCAGAUAUGCGAUGGUACGUCUCGAGCGAAGGGGCGGAUUGAUAAAUGGGCAUACCAGGCAGUGAAAUCAACGAGAGCGAGGAAAGGGACGAAACGAAACAAAAUGACACAAAAAGAACGUGGACGAGAUUAUUCUUCUAGAUUCGAAUGAAAAUUAUUUUACGCUCACAAAAUUCUGUACUACAUUCCCUCUCCAUUUCCAUUUCCUGUUUGUGUUGCCAUGCUUUGCCCGAAACAAACAUGGUCUUGAACCUUUCGAAUCGAAUGGAUCGGAAUCUCUCUUUCUCAAUGCACUUUUUGCAACUUCUCGUGUUGCGAUUGACGCGGUACGUAUCGAUUUGCCCGCAAUUCACGGACGAUAUCAACGCACUACGCAACAGGCCUUCAUGCGGCCAUCCUCCACGUUGAGUGGGCAAAAAGCAGUUCCUGCUGCCGCCGGUGCCGGACUGAGACGCCCUCGGCCCAAGGCCAACUCGGAAUCCCUGUUUCGGCUGAUUGAUCAGCUUCAACAGGAGGAAGCCAAAUUUUUGGACAUUCGAAACGGAGCUCUUUACUCGGCAACUGCCUCGGAAACUGAAACGGCUGGUGCCAUCGGCAAUGAACCGCAGCUGCCUCCGACCUUUCCGCUGGCCGGAAAGAACGUGAUGGAUGUCCCACCUCGGUUGCGAUUUGCUCCCUCCCCCACUGGUAGUCUUCACGUAGGAGGAGCCAGAACGGCCCUCUACAACUGGUUGCUUGCGAAAAAGGGCCAGCUAGACUUUCCCGGGAGCGAAUCUGCCUUUGUUUUGCGUGUCGAAGACACGGAUUUGGCCCGAUCGACCAAGGAAUCCGAACAAUCUGUCCUUGAAGAUCUUAAAUGGCUUGGAAUGAUUUGGGACGAGGGUCCCGCGGACGUCAUUGAUUGCUCCGGAUACGGACCAUUCCGCCAAUCCGAACGUAGCAACAUUUACAUCCAGGCUGCCGAAAAAUUGUUGCAAGAAGGGAAGGCCUACCGCUGUUUCUGCACCAACGAGGAACUCGAGGAAAUGAGGGCCCAGCAAGAGGCCGCCGGAAUUCCUCCUCGGUACGACGGGCGAUGGAGAGAUGCCCCCGAAGAGGAAAUCAACAAGAUGCUUGACGCGGGGAAGCCUUACACCGUUCGAUUCAAGGUCCCCGAGGGAUCCCGAGUCGUCAUUGACGAUGCUGUUCGUGGAACCGUGGCAUGGGAUGCCGAAGCAACCGUUGGAGAUUUUAUUCUGCUCCGAUCGAACGGGGUUCCGGUCUACAACUUUUGCGUCGCCGUCGAUGAUGCCCUCAUGGGAAUUUCCACCGUCGUUCGUGCUGAAGAGCACUUGACCAACACGGUUCGACAAGGAUUGGUGUUGGAUUCCCUCGGUGCCCCCCGUCCCCAAUACGCCCAUUGUUCGCUGAUUUUGGGAGAAGACAAACAAAAGUUAUCAAAGCGGCACGGGGCUACAUCGUGCAACCAGUUUCGAUUGGAUGGAUUUUUGCCGGACGCCAUGAUCAACUAUUUGGCGUUGCUUGGAUGGAACGACGGAACAGACAACGAAAUUUUCACCCGUGACGAACUGAUCGAAGCCUUUGAGUUGGAUCGUGUCGUCAAGUCCCCCUCCGUUUUCGAUAUGGAAAAGUUGCGUUGGGUCAAUCAACAGCACAUGAAAAUGGUUCCUCUCGAAGACAUUGUCGAACUUGUGAAGGACCAAUUCGAAUUCCAGGAUAUCCUCAAGGACGGUGCGACCAAGUCCGAUCUGGCCCUGGUUGACAUGGCCUUUGCCACUACCACAUUGGCGCGGGAACGAAUGCAAACCACACAGGAUGCUGUCCUGAAUGCCAAAACGGUGUUGGGAUAUGGUUUGCCUUCUACUUUUGACGAGAUCAAGGAUCCCGAGGCCAAAUCUAUGAUUGAGCAAGGAAACUUUUACAACCUUGCCCAACGGAUACUCACCGAAUACGACGCUGGAGACUUCCCCCUACCAAAUGCAGAAAACCCGAUGGAAACAUUCCAAGAAGACAAGUGCGCAUUCACUCAAACUUACCAAGGACACAUGAAGAAAAUGGCAAAGGAAAACGGUGUGAAGGGAAAGAAUUUGUUCCAUCCAGUUAGACUAGCACUCACUGGUGAGAUGAGUGGACAAGAUGUCACCAAACAACUCGCAUUGCUAACGUUGGCCACAAACGAAAACAGCGUUGUCGAUGCCGAAAAGGCCGGAAUUGUACCUGUUGCCGAACGUAUGGAGAAACUGAAAUCAUUUUGCGAAAGCAUUCCCGAAGAAUUCCGUCAACCCAAGGCCAAAGAAACGAAACAAAAUGCCGAGAAGUCCGUUGCUGCUGAUACUCCCGCUGCGACAUCUUCUCCUGCAGACGGUGCCGUCAAGGACCCCAAGGACGACUAUGAGGGACCCCCCAUCACUGCUCUGGACAUUCGGGUUGGAAAGAUCACCAAGGUCGAAAAGCACCCAGAAGCGGACAAAUUGUAUAUCGAAGAAAUCGAUGUUGGCGAAGACGAGCCCCGAACCAUUGCGUCCGGUCUCCAGCCUUACCUCAAAGAAGAAGACUUGGCCGACCGAAUGGUGUUGGUCCUGUGCAAUCUCAAGGCAAGGAAAAUGGUUGGAAUUCCCAGCCAUGGCAUGGUUUUGUGUGCAUCUAAUGCCGACCAUACGGAUGUCCGAUUGGUCAGUCCUCCUAUCGACGCGAAGAUUGGAGAACGUGUCACCGUGCCCGAUUUUGAGUUCGAGGGUGAGGAAGCCGAGCCUUAUGCCGAGAAUAAGGUCGGAAAGAAAAAGAUCUUUCAAAAGAUUGCUCCAUACUUGGUGACAUCGAAGUAUGGUGUUCCAGAGUUCCUGGGUCGGCCGUUGAUGACCAGUUCGGGAGUUUGCACGAGUCCUAUUCCAGACGGAACUGUUAGCUAGAUUGCAUAAUGAAAGAUAUAGUAAAAAAUUAAAUAUUAACGUUAAAA